AAACUUAUGUAAACUAAUCUUUUCUGUUUUGGCUCAGACUGCGUUGCCAUACAGGGCUGUCACGUGAUGAACAAAAUGACUCGAACCGAAGGCGCUGGAGACGAAUCAUUCUGUCGGGUAUACAGGAGACGGCAUGGCAUAGCUCAGUUUAGGAUGUUACGUGACAAAAGAACGAACUCGACCCAAAAAAAGAGGUGAGGUGAUGAAGUAACAGACUGCAUAGCCUCAAGACACAGGUGAGGAUUCUUUCAAGAUGCACUCGGUGGACAUGGAGCUGGAGGCUGUGGAGAAGCAGAUCCGCGACCUACAGGUGAAGCAGGCCCAGCUGAGACAGCGGAAAGCCGCGAUGGAAUCUUCCCAGCUGAUGCUCACCUGUCCCAGAAACACAAGUACACGUCGACAGACACUCAUGCUCAGCGAGUGAGAGAGAGAGGGAGAGAGAGUGAGAGAGAGAGAGAGAUGGCUCGGCUGGAUGUUACAGAGACUUUUAAGGGCAUCACUUUUCCUGGACACUUGCACACUCAGGAAUCCCUUCUCUAUGCUACCAAGUUUAACUUUCAAGAUACAGACAUUUUGAUUGUCACCUUCCCCAAAUCAGGGACAACAUGGAUGCAAGAAAUUGUCACACUGGUAUCAUGCAAAGGAGAUCCAGUAAAAUCUCAAACUCAGCCUAACUGGGUACGAGCCCCAUGGAUUGAGCAGUACUACUGCCCUGAUGUCCUGAAGGCUUCACAAGGACCUCGAGUCCUCACUACUCAUCUGCCAUACAAACUACUGGCUCCUGCACUCCAAGGCUCCAAGGCAAAGGUCAUAUAUGUUGCAAGAAACCCUAAAGAUGUCAUAGUAUCUUAUUACUUCUUCCACAAAAUGGCAAAUUUCCUAAAUGACCCUGGCCCAUUCUCCGAGUUUCUGAGCUCUUUUCUGGAUGGAACAGUGCAUUAUGGGUCUUGGUUUGAUCAUGUGAAAGGAUGGACCGGCAAUUCAAGAAACAUUGAGAACUUUCUGUACAUCACAUAUGAAGAAAUGUGGGAGGACCUGCGUGGUUCCCUGGAGAAAGUGAGCCGGUUCUUGCAGUGCCCCCUGCUGGAGCAAGAGUUGAUCAGCGUUCAGAAGACCUGCAGCUUCAACACCAUGAGCGAGAACAACAUGGUGAACUACACCCUGGUUCCUCAGGAAAUCAUGGAUCACAGCAAGGGGAGGUUCAUGAGGAAAGGUGAAAUCGGAGACUGGGUCAACACUUUCUCCAAGGAGCAAAGUCACAACUUUGAUGUAGUGUUUGCUUCCAAGAUGGCGGACUCCCUUCUGACAUUUGUGUGGGAGGCAAAAAAAUCCUGUGUAGACUCGGAGAUCUUACCACUUUGCCCUACAUGAAACAGUGCCUUCUUUUUUUUUAAUGUCUUGUCACAUUUUCCUGUUAAUCAUUCCAUGCAUUACUGUUUUCACGUAUGUUAAUUUAUUUUCUACUGUUGUCAAGAGGAAGCAUAGCAACCACUUUGCACUUUUUCAGAUUUAUCCUCACAUGGACUCAUUUUUGCUGUUAAAUAUGUUCACUACAUUUGAAAAAGAUAUUCAGAUUUGGGUGGCACAGUAGGUACUAUUUACUGCCUCACAGAUCCAAAGUUCCUGGUUUGAUCCUGAUCUUCAGUUACACUCUGUGUGAGGUUUCACAUGUGGGUUUGUUUCCACCUUCCAAAAACAUGUCAGGUGGUGGAUACACUAAAUUGUCCCAAGGCUGGUGGGAGACUCUGAAUGUUGCAUCCAUGCUGUAUUCAUGUACACACUUUUUCCAGGAUCCAGAACAACCGUAAAAAGGAUGAAACAGUGACUCAAUGAAUGAAUAUUCGUUAAAGUUCAAGCCUACACAGUUUGCCAUUUUCUUCCAGCACAUCAAACACAUCUUUGGACAAUUGUAAAAUGGCGUGAUCUCUACAUUAUCUUCCUCCAACAACUGAACUCUGUCUAUUAUCAAUGAGGCACAAGGUUUUCCUACAGUAACACAUGUACACACUAUGAAGCAACAAAGCAUUAAGAUUUUUUUUUUCUCAGAAUUUCCGGACAUGGGUUAAAUUAUCAUUAUAUACCCUAUUAACCCCUUUUCACCUGGCCUGACAAAGACAUUCAAUACUGAACAUGGGCACACAAAAAAAAAACACAAAACAGUUUGGGAGAAAACAGUUAGAUCAAAAUCUUUACUUUACCAACUUACACUCUUCUUAUAUCACUAACCCUCACCGAAAACAUUACACCACACAAAUGUACAAUACAAAACCAAAAUAUUCAUAAAACAGAUUAUAGAAGAGGGUUGAAUCCUCUUUUCAUAAAUUUCAUUCAGUUAAAUUUUACCUGUAUAGCGCUUUUUAUAAACAGUUUACAGAAAUAUAGAAAUUCUGUAUGUAUCCCUAAUAUUAUUUAGACUUAUAACUGUAUACUAUAUGGUCAGAAAGUGUUAACUGUUGAUGCCACAUUUUUAAUUGUCAUCCUGAACUGCAACAUGUACUUCCCCAAGCCGAAUGCUUGACUUGUUCUAUUUCUAUACUGUUGUGUUGUGAUUUUUCUGUGUAUUACAGUAAUAAUAAAUAAUGAACUGUGAGUAUAG